AUGGGUGGGCGUCACUUGCGUCGGGCAGGUAUCUCCUUAUGGAGCUAUCAGUCGCCGGCCAGGCUGUGGUCAAGCUCCGCGCUCCGGUCUUCCGGACACAACAGAUGGUCGAAAAUUAGACACGACAAGGGCAAGGCCGAUGCUGCCAAAAGCAAGGCCAAGACGAUGUUGUCACAUGAGGUUAUCACAGCCUCAAAACUUGGCGGCCCGGAUCCCUCCCUCAACUCGAGACUAGCCUCUGCAAUCGCCAAUGCCAAAAAGGGGCAGCUUUCCAAAGCCUCAAUUGAACACGCCAUCGCGAAAGGCCAGGGAAAGUCUCCAACUGGACAGGCUCUUGAACACGUUAUAAUCGAAGCCAUGCUCCCGCAUGGAGUGGCAGCCAUGAUCGAAUGCCAGACCGAUAAUAAAAACAGGACGCUACCGGACAUUCGGUCGAUACUCAAUAAAGCAGGUGGAACGGUCACUCCUACGGCAUUUCUAUUCGAAAAGAAAGGCAGAAUCGUGUUUGAAGAGCAGGACAAACUCGGGGUGGACGACGUCUUGGAGGAGGCCAUUGAUGCUGGUGCCCUUGAUAUAUCGUCUGAAGACAGCAGGCUAACUGUAGAAACCGCGCCUGCCGAGGUCAUGGAAGUUGCCAGAAUACUACAAGAUCGGUUUGGUCUUCGGGCGGAGAAGGCGGAAGUCGUGUACGCGCCCAACGAGGACACCCUUGUACCGUUGACAGAGGAACAAGAGGAGGAGCUGGGACACGUCUUAGACUUGAUAGAAGAGGAUCCUAGUGUCCAGGGCCUAUACGUCAACGCCGUCUCACAGUGA